UGGACCAAUGAUUAAUUCAGUUGCAACAUGGGAACAAUACAGGCGUUACAAUGAUGGACAGACACUGAUCUCCUCCUCUCGUGGCGAUGACUGUUUUUCUGUAGGGAGAAGGAUUCUUAUUGUGCGGAACAUUUUGUCACAUUCUGGAACUGUUAAAGUCCUGUGUAAUUUCUUUGAAACUGCCAAAUCCUUUUUCACCUAUCCAAUGGACUCAUCGCGUCUUGGAAUUCUUUUUGUUUGUAAUUUAUCUGAAGACUUGCAGCUGUUACCUGUGGAGGAGUUAAAAACAAAAAUGGUGUUAUUACCACACAAGACUGGAUACGUGGCACUUCCACUCCUGCACUAAAGUGCUAAUUAUUUGUUUCAUUUGUUUAAAUUUUUUUGUAUGUAUUUGUUUUUCUUUAAGCAUGUUACCUUUCGGGAUAGUUGAAUUUAUAAAUGGUGGGGGAUUGGCAGUUAUACCAACCAAAUGGUUUGUCGGGCCUGAGGAGGAUGAAUGCUACUGGCCACCAACAAGGAUGAACAUGGCAAAGGCGGUCAUGGAGCAACAGGACCCUCACACUGACUGGGCGACAUACAAGUUGACUGUCAAGAGAAAAGUUGCUACGUAUGAAAUUGCCCGCAGAAAAUUAGUGGAGUAUGAGCAAAACACUGAUGUACCAACCGAGUCUGAUUCUACAGUGAAGACUGGAAGGGGGAAGCGCAAAAAGAGGCGAGUGAUUUUGUCUAGUGAGGAUGAGGAUGAUGACAAUUGGUCCGGCAGCCAAAUCAGGCCUACACCUCCAUCCACCCUCAGAUCUGUGCUGACACCUCCACUGCCUCCAUCCACACUCGGAUCUUCACCUCCACUGCCUCCAACCAGAUCUUCACCUCCACUGCCUCCAACCAGAUCUUCACCUCCACUGCCUCCAACCAGAUCUUCACCUCCACUGCCUCCAUCGACACCCCGAUCUUCACUUCCACUGCCUCCAUCUGCUAGGCCGACACCUCCACCACCUCCGGGUACCCUUAGAUGGCCAGUGUUUCAACCCAUUACCAUGUCACCAGAAACCCCUCAAAGACAAAUCAGGGACAACAUGUUUGUUCGCAUCUUAACACUGCUUGAGGAGAUGAAAGAGACACAAAAAAUCCAGGGGAGGAUACUACAAACGCUGCUACAACAGCGUGGCAACAUUAGCACCACCGUCUCUUCUAUCCCAGAGGGUUUCCCCCUAAAGACAGUUAGGGAUGUGGAAAUCGUGGAAGAAAAACUGGCAAACCCGAACUUCAUGUCCGAACUGGUUGCAGCUGUGACUGACAUAGGGGGGGCGACUGUUGACGAGGCCACAAAAAGGAUGAUGACCUUCCUCCUAGACCAUGGCCUAUCCAGGCAGUAUAACUUUGUGGGCCGAAAUGGGAAGAGAGAGUUCAAGGCCUUAAAACUGUAUGAAGUAAUAUAUGGAGGCUUAAAGAAAAACGCCAUGACCAGCCAAAUCACCCGUAAAGAUGCAGAGAAGGCGGUCUCCAAGUGGCUCAUCGGUGCUAGAGACCGGGGGGGUAAUAGACAGGCCCGACAAGCAACCCCUCAACAAAGACUUCAGGCUUGAGAG